CGGGACGGCAGGCGGCUGCCCACGGCCCUGGUCCCCAGGCAGCCGGCUGUGCCCCCUGCCCCACUGCGAGCCGGCUGGGCUCCUGGCCCCUGAGGGAGCUGCCUGUGCCCCCAGCCCCACUGGGAACCAGCUGGGCUCCCGGUCCCCGAGGGAGCUGCCUGUGCCCCGGCCGCGCCGGGAGCCGUGAGGUGAGGCGUCGCUGUGCGCGCGCUCGCCUCAGAGCAGCCCCGGGCCCGUUCUCGGCCCCUCAGGAGAAGGGAGCCGCCGGCCGUGCUCACGGUGUUGCAUGUGCAGGGAAGGCUGAGAGGCUGGGAGAGGAGCCGCCUCCGGUCCCGGCGCUGCUCGUACGGCUCGAUCAGAUCGCGGGCCGGCAGCUGCUGCCCUCCCUCCCUACCCGAUGGGCCGCGGGCUGUGCGGCGCUGGCUCGGCCGGACACUGACAGCAGGUGGGACAGUGCGAGCUCCAGCCUUGCUCAAGCCUGUGAGUGCGGCCGGGCCUGUCCGCAGCCACCUGUGUGCGUGUGAGGCUACAGGGAGUGGGAGCUGGGGCUGAAAGGGCCAAACCUGCAGCGGGGAAAGGAGCUCUGCCUCCUACCUGUGUGCAGACAGGUACCUGUACCGAGAAGUAGAAUGCGGGGAUUUCACAUCAGUAGCUGGCCUUUAUUAAGAGAAGCAAGGAGCCACUGGAGAGGGUCCAGCAGAGGGCAACAAAGAUGAUGAAGGAUCUGAAGUAAUGUGUCUUGUGAGGAGAGACUGCAGGAGUUGGGCCUGUUUAGCCCGGAGAAAAGUGAGAGGGGAUCUCGUUAAUGCAUAUAAAUAUCUCAAUAGAGGUUGUCAAGAGGAUGGUACUCAGCAACAGGAUGAGGAAUAAUGACCAUGAAGUAAAACAAAGUUUCACCUCAACAUUAGGGAGAGGUGAAACUUUACACUGAGAGUGGCAGGGCACUGGAGGCUGCUCAGGGGUCUCAUGGAGUCUCUGUCACUGGAGCUAUGCUAAUCCCACCUGGCCAUGAUCCUGUGUCACCUUCCUUUGCUCGGAAGUUGGACUGGAUGAUCUCUAGAGGUCCCUUCUAACUCCAGCAAUUCUAUGACUUUUGCAAAUUGUUUCAACCACGACCAAUUAAACUCUUCUCUGCCUCCCUUAGAACGCUAAUGGUUGUUAAUGUUUUUUUCUUUUAGUGUUUCUCUUGUAGCAGUAAACAGGGCCUUGGAGUGGGAAGCUUCCCAAAUAAGUACUGUAGCUGACAGACUACAUAAAGGCAAGUAUUCAUGGGGUCUGUUUGUCUCUGCUGAGAGUAAUGCAGAUGGUAAAAAGGGGAUCCUUGGGCUCGUACAGCAUCCAUCCCUUUGCCAGGAGCUAGCAGCCUAGAAGAGCUGCAAGUGCUGCCCUGGGGAGAACUCACUGACUGUGGUCAGCUGGUGCUUAGCCAGUGACUUGUGGUAGCACCGGGUGAAUCUCAGCACUGACAGAUCAGUAGGUGUCAAAAGGAACACGUGUGGAAGCCAGAAACUUCGCCACAAUGAGAUGCCUCACCCGUCCACUGCUCAGGAAGUUGUUGAGCCUCCCACCUCAGUGUGUGCCAGGGCAAGGGACUCUGAGUAAAGGUGCUGUUGUCAGUCCAAAGCAGUUGUUUCUGAGGCAGAGUUGCAGUUCAGGACCUGGGCUCAUGACUGCCACUGAUAUGGUCAACUAUUGGCAGAAGGUGUUCGAGACAAAUGGAAUCCCUGAAGCACGAGAAUCCAGUCAAUACAUUGUGUCAUUUGUCCUGGGAGCAAAAACAUUUCAGAGCCUGGAUUCCAAAAGCCUCCAUACUCCACUUACGUCACUGCAGCAGGAGCAAAUCCAGCAGCUGAGCCACAGGCGGCUACAAAGGAUGCCAGUGCAGUACGUGCUCGGAGAGUGGGACUUCUGGGACCUGACCCUGAAGAUGAGACCCCCAGUAUUUAUUCCACGGCCUGAAACAGAGGAUCUUGUCUCUUUAGUUGUGGAGGAAGAAUUUCAGAAAUGUGAGAAUUCAGCCCUCUGUUUCCCAGUUCCUGUUCCUCAUCCUGUCAUCCUGGAAAUUGGCUGUGGCUCUGGAGCAAUUGCUCUGAGUCUGCUCUGUAAACUGCCACAGAGCAGAGUUAUAGCCAUGGAUAAAGAGGAGGCUGCUGUGGAUCUCACCAGGGAGAAUGCACAUAGGCUGCAACUCCAAGAAAGGAUUCACAUCAUCCACCAAGAUGUUUCACACUGUUCUGCCAAACAGCUGCUGCUCUGGGGCCCCAUAGAUGUCAUAGUCAGUAACCCCCCAUAUAUUUUCCAUGAAGACAUGGCUUCCUUGGAUGCAGAAAUCCUCCGCUAUGAGGACCUUGAUGCCCUGGAUGGGGGAGAUGACGGUAUGAGAGUCAUCAAAACAAUUCUGGCUUUGGCUCCUUCUCUUCUGAAGGUUUCUGGAAGUGUGUUUUUGGAAGUGGAUCCCAGGCAUCCAGAUAUGGUGGAGCACUGGCUACAGGUACACCCAGACUUGCUGCUCACCCUCCGUGCCAUUCACAAGGACUUUUGUGGCAAGCCUAGGUUUCUGCACAUCCAGAAACAAAGCAGCUAACAACUGUGUCAGACAUAACUCUCCUUGCAGGAUGCUUUUUGCUGUUCAGCUCAGCUGAACAGCUUGUUGAGAACUCCUUCUGCCUUGUGAAAGGAAUUUCCAUUCCCCAGAGUGUUGGACUCUCCAUGCAGUGACAGACCCCUCAUUUCCUGACUCAGACCUCAUCCAGAGAUGCAGAAGUUCAGCUGAGCAUGUGGAAGUGUUUCACCUUCCUUAUGGAACUGCAGGAAACACUUCAGUCUGCUGUGCUAAAGUGACUCAAUCAUCUCAGGACCCAAUACAGAAGAGUUCACAGCUCCAGAUUAAAAAUACAACUUCUUAAUGUGCCAAAUCACCCAUUUGGCCUAGAAAGAAUUUAAUUGUGUUUUUUUAAGUUGGCCUUGAGAUACAUUUAUAUAGAAUGUGACCAGAUGGGAUGAUAAGCCCAAACCCUGGUUUAUAUUGGCACAUGGAUUUGCAGGUAUAACAGGACAUAACUGCUGUGCACAUUUCAAAUGCAGUUGUGUUCCAGGAUCCUGAUGUUCUAACAGCAGAUCACCCUUUGUUUCCCACUCCUGCUGAGUGAUUGUCCCUGAAGGAUCAGUGCACAUAUUACAGCACCUGAAUUCACAGCCCUUGACACUUGAUGGAUGCUGCCAGAAACAGUCAAAGCAUUAUAAUAAAGACAGUGCUUGAGAUCAGGGUCCUUCAAAGAAUUACACUGCAGCUAUUCAGAGAUGCUGGCAGGCCUGAAUGAACAUCUGGCACCCACACAUUGCUCUGAUAGUAAUAGAAAUGCCUAAAUUCCACAUGAGGCAUUUAAUUGCAACACUUUACAGAAAAGACCAGAGUCACUACUCUGGUUUUGCAGAUGGAGAAGCUGAAAAACAGGAGGUGAAAUGACCUGCAGAAAAUUUGACAAGCUGAGUUUGGAGUAGGACUCAGUCUCUUGCCAGGCAUGGGAAUAGCUGAGAUCUGUCUCUUUGGGAAGGGUGACUCAGACUGGGGCAACCUGAAACAGCACUGAGAGAAGUAUCUGAAGUGGACAGACAGCAUCAUGUCAAUGUAAAUAAUGACAGGAUUAAAUUCAAGCUGCUGCUUGCUGCUGCUGUUUCCAGUGGUGCAGGUUCCCUUCUGGACCAUGGCUAGCCAGGGAAGGAAGGAAAGCAACCCAAGGAAAGGGUCUGCUCUUGCCCUUCACCCAUUGUACAUCUCACACUACACUUAUGCACCCAGCAUACCAUGUCCUGUGCACUCUUUACUUGAAUGUGUGAGUCUUCUCAGGGCUGCAGUACCUGCCCUGCUUAAACACAGUAGAGAAAAUCUAGGGAAGGAGAGAACAAAAAACCAGUUAAAACAGUUAAAGUGCACUUGAGUAUAGGUUUGGAAAUACCAUUUCAGUACAGCUGAUUUCUGGCCUCCUAAAGCCAUGAGUACAAGGUACAGUCAAAGGGAUAGUAUUUUGUGAGAUUGUGGAUUUUUUUUUAUUAGUAACUUAGGGAUAUUUUUUAAGUUCAGUCUGUCAAACUCUGUUUAAAAAAAUAAAUUUAAAGAAAUGAGUUCUCAGAUUUCUCCUGGUUGUUAGCAGUGUUUAUGUAUGAAACAGCAUUAUACACAGCCUGCUUCUACAGGAGGCCUUAAAAGCUGGAUAGUCCAUGGGCUGGUGGGAAUGUUAAGCAGCAUCAUGCUGCAUUCUUGAGGGGAUGGUGGGCUGUUUCCCUGCAGCAGGCUGGG